CUUUAUAGGGCAAGGGGAUAUAUAUUUCCCACCCAAGAAAAAAAAUUCUAGCACCUUGUGGUCAGAGGUAAUAUUUUUCCCACUUGUUUGAAAAAAACCGUUAUUUUUUUCUACAUACGACAGUAUCAAUUACAUGUAUUUGAUAACAUUUCAAAUAAGAGUAAUAAAUCAAAAACGAUCAAAGUGGGAAAUUAUCAUCCCAUUGCCCACCGGCGAUACACGUUUUUUCCCUCUAAUAAAUAUUCUAUAAAAAUUGUUAUUUGUUUUAAUUUUGAUAAAUAAACAGUUUAACUUAUAAGGUCUUUGGUGGUAUUAAUUUAAAGAUAACAUUUUAGCGCGUUUUUCUGUGUUAUCUUACAAUUCAUUUGAAAUGUAUUUUCUGUGUUAUCAAUUUAUAAAAAUAAUUGAAUAUUAUUUUCAAAUAUGUGAUUGUGAUUUUGAACUUAAAAAAAAUACUCUUGAACUUCAAUAAAAAUCUUGAAAUGUUAUCAGAAUAUGAGAUUCUAGAAGAGUUGAAUGCUAUUACUGAUGAUAUGGCAUUCGAUUCUGAAGACGGUGGAGAUUCUGAUGCAGAAGACUAUACCACCAUUGUAAAUAACUCUCUAAAUAAACAAGUUUGGCAUUUAUCUACCAGAUCAUCAGGUUCUAGUAUGACUGAAACUGAAGUGCAUGUGCCUAAUGUAGAAAAUAUCGAACAAACAAAUAGUAACAUUCCUUCUACUUCUCAAAAUAUACAUAAUGAUUUGGAGUUGCUAAAAGAUAUUAUGUCCAGCUCAGAUGAGGAAAUGGAUGACAUUGAUAAAGAUAAAGAUUAUGUACCAACUCAGCAACAGCAACUGUUUGUAGAUUUAGAUGAAGUUAAUAUUGAUGACUUACCUAUUGAUAUAAAUAUAUUUCUAAAUAAUGAUUAUCUUGAAAACGAACUCAUAAAUGUAGAAGUUGACAAUGUUUCAAAUCCAAAUAUAAGUGGUGAAUUUAAUUUUGUAAAAUCAGGACAGUCUCCAAAAAAAUUUAAAAAAGUUAGAUUUAGAGAAGAACAAGGUCCAGUAGACAAAAACAUUUAUAAAAUGCCGCCUAUAGACAUAUUUCAAUUGAUGAUUGGUCCUAUACUUCAAACAAUUGUUCAACAAACAAAUUUAUAUGCUCAACAAAAAAGUGUUGAUAUCAACACAAGCAUUGAAGAAAUAAAAGCGUUUAUUGGAAUAUUGAUUUUUAUGGGUUACCAUAGCUUACCCAGCAUCAGGUUAUAUUGGUCAAAUGAUCCUAAUUUUUUCUGCGAACGUGUGGCCAAAAUCAUGCCUGUAAAAAGGUUUUUGAAAAUUCUACGGUUACUUCAUCUUAAUGAUAAUUCCCAAAUGCCAUCAAGAAAUUCUUUGGAAUUUGAUAAGUUGUAUAAAAUUCGUCCUAUGAUAACACACUUGAAAGAUAUUUAUCAAUCUGUAUAUCGUCCAUCUAGGUACUUGGCAGUUGAUGAAAGUAUGGUAGCAUAUAAGGGCCGUUCCACCAUGAAACAAUAUAUGCCCAUGAAACCUAUUAAAAGGGGUUUUAAAAUAUGGGCAUUGGCUGAUUCUUAUAGUGGUUUUUUACUGAAUCUCGACAUAUACACUGGAAAAAAAUCAAAUGGAAUACCUGAGUAUGGACUAGGAGAAAAUGUUGUGUUAUACUUGACCAAAAAAUUGAAAAACUUAUUUUAUUGUGUUUUUUUUGAUAAUUUUUUUACAAGUAUACCUCUAAUUUUUAAACUUUUGUGUGAUGGUAUAUUUGCAUGUGGGACAUUUAGAGUAAACAAAAAGUAUUAUCCAAAACACCUUAUGAAAAAUGAUGGCAAAUAUAAUUCUGGUGACAUUGAAUAUGCCCAAAGUGAAGAUAUUGGUAUUAUGCGAUGGAAGGAUAGAGGAAGUAAACCAGUGACACUUGUUAGCAAUAUGCAUAACUCUUCAGAUACAUCUACAGUACUGAGAAAAAAUGGCAAAGGGGAAAGGAUUCAAGUAAAGUGCCCUACUGGAAUAUCAGAUUAUAAUAAAUACAUGGGAGGAGUUGACAAAUUUGAUCAAUAUAUGUCUCCAUAUUCAAUUUCCCAGAAGUCGAGGAAGUGGUGGAUAAAACUUUUUUAUUAUAUGGUUGAUACUGCUAUUGUUAAUUCUUAUAUUUUAUAUAAAGAAAGUUGCAAUAAGAAUAAAAAAAAAUACAUUACACAUUUAGAGUUUAGAUCAAGACUAACAGAUGAACUUAUUGGAAAUUUUUCAUGCAGAAAAAAGUGUACAUCUUCACCCCACGAACAAAGAAGUAAAAAAAAACAAAAACUUUCCAUCAAUCAUAAUUUUACAGGUGUUGAUCAUAUGCCAAAGUUCAUUGAUAAGUAUAGAAGAUGUAAAAUGUGUAGCACGAAAGCUAAAGAAAAAAGAUCAAAUAUGAUUUGUUCUACAUGUGAAAUAACACUAUGCAAACAAUGUUUUGAACCCUAUCACAAACCUACCUAGAACUGAUUAUAUUUUAUUACUUUUUAUUAUUUAUAUGGAAAAUUUCAGAAGUGUAUUGUUUUAUU